GGGCUUAAUCAUCGCAAGCUGGAGCCGUGAAUCGCGCUCUGCGAUGUGGUGCGAGCUCUGGACUUGCCGCCGAGCAAUACCACAAACUGGAGCGAUUGGAACUGGAAGCGGGAGUGGAAUCGGAACGGGAACUGGGCGGAGAACUGGAGGGCAGGAGGUGCAUGAGGAGGGCGAGCAGAUGUAGUCGGCAGUUAAAGCAGAGCCACCGUUGCCACCGCCACCGCGUCAGAUGAUCGAAUGGUGGUGAUCCUCCUACUGUCGCCAUGCACUUGCAGCCGCAGCAGCAGCAGCAGCCACGCCCACGAACCCGCCCACGCACCACCCAAGCAUCAUCAGCACCACCAACAAGCACUCCAACCACCAGAACCACCACAAGCCAAUAGUGGAGAUUCCCGGAGCAGCAAUGAAUCUUCAUCGGCAUCCACGGGCGACACAGCCAUUCCGGCUGGAUAUCUGCAGUUGCACCACCAGAAACAGAAAGAGAAACAAAAGGAUCAGCAGGAUCAGCAUUACCCCCAGCAACCUAGUCAUAGUCAUAGCACCACAGCACCACCACUGCCCAAGGUUUUUGGCCAUGGAAGAUGGUUGCCCCUGCAACCGCCUGCGAAUGCCGUGCCCAAGCCACCGCGCACCCAUGGAUUGGGCAUCCAUUGGCCAUCGAACGUUUAUGCCCCUGCCCCAAAUCAACCGAUCAUCUUCCGCGUCCAAUCGUCACUGCCCAACGGGAGCUUUACUAACGCCACAACCACCACCACCAGCACCACUGACUACGUGCGUCACGUGACCCGCGUUAACUUCUACGACAUUGAUACUUCGCAGGUCGAAUUCGAGCCCAAAGAUGACGAGGAGAGCAACGAGGCCACGGCAAGCAAUUGCGAUACAGAAGCUAUAACCAAAGAAGAGGAGUGGAUAACGAAGCGCAAGACCGAACUCACAACUACCAGACAGAUCGAAACGAGAGUAAAGCGAAAUGUGAAGCUGCAGGAUGGCAAGGUGAUCGAGGAUUCGGGACCCAUUGUGUCCACAAACACGACCGAGGACACCGAUAAGCAGGAGACGGAAACCACUGAGAAACGCGACCUUGACCUGCCCGAUGACCUUGAUGGCAAUGCCCAGCUGAUCGAUGUGGCCGCCCUGCAGGCGGGCGCCGUAAAUGAAACGCAGUUGGCCCAAAUUCAAGAGGUCUUCGGACCGGCGGAUGGGGCUGGGAAGCUGGUCAAGCGGAUGGUUCCACGUCCGGUGGACGGACUAGUGCGUCAGACGGACGACAAGCGGGUAAUAUCGCACGAGGAGAUCAAGGACUACCACGAAACGGAGGACGUCAAGCAUCACGGCGACUUUACUGAUCAGACCUACGUGAACGCAGUUCGCGACGGAGUCGAGGACCUCGAGGCCGUCCUCUGUUCGCCGGAGAGCCAGCGACAGUUGGUGCCCCUCGGACCGCAGGUGGUGGCCAAUCGGAGCAAGUCCCGCAAGACCAUCGACUCGGAGGACACGCAGAAGCGUUGCCUGGCCCAGGAGGACGGCACUUUGGUCACCGAGAGUCGGCGCACCACCGAGCACGAGCUAAUCCUCGACGACGAGCUGCCCGAUCUUCCAGCUGCGAACUCCGAUGAACGCGGACUGCAGCUCCAGGUGGGCGAGCAGGUGACCACCACGGCGGCCAAUCAGCGGUUCUUCCGCCAGCGGGACGAGCAGCAUGUGGACGUGCUAGCCAACGGGCGGCUCCAAUCCACCGAGAUGCGCUACGCCGCCGAGACCACGCAGAUGGACAAGGACGGACCCGCCGAUCUGGAGCGACCGGGCGACUGGGACAGCCUCUCCGACCGGAUGCGCAAGCUUCGCCGCUCCCAGCAGCAGCAACAGAAGGAGGUUGCCCUUUUGGCGGAUCGCAAGGAUGCGCUGACCAAGCGACCCCUGGACUUCGAUCGCGAGGAGGAGACGCGCAAGGGCGAGACGAUGAAGUGGCUGGAGUCGCACUUUGGCAGCGAGUCCACCGCCUCCAACGAUUCCCGCGACGACGAGGCCGAUGCGGAAGCCGUGGAGCCGACCAAGAAGAGCUACUUCAAUGUGACAAUCAAGUCGCAGAGCCAGCCGCAGGCGCAUGCGCAGCACAUCCAUGCCCAAUCGCACCUGGCCACCCAGCAGCAUGCGCAUCCGCAGCACAUCUCCCAUGGCCACCACCCGCAGACGCUGCCCAGGAGCGCCGAAAGGGAGAGGGAGAGGGAGAGGGAAAGAGAAAGGGAACGCCAUCCCACAGCCGCCACGCUGGAGAGGAAGCCGCCGGGCAACUCGGCCGGCGGUCGCUCCAAGUACUUCCAGGGCAUCUCGAACUGGUCGGAACGCAAGGAUCCCCAGGGAUCCCCGGCGGUCAAUCACUUCUCGUCGCAGGCCUUUCGCGACGAUCUGCAGGAGACCAUUCGAAGGAAUGGGCUGAAGAAGAAGGUCAGCGGCCCGCCUGGUUCCAGUCAGGGAUCCCUGGCUUUGGCCCAGGAGCAGCAGCAGCAGCCCAAGGACAGCUAUGUCAGCCGCGAGGAUAUACUGCAGCAGAAGCGCCAGAGUCUCUCCUCACAGUUCCUGGCCCGCUCGAUGCGUGGCUCUCGCGAUGCCCUGGACGAUUUGGAGGCCAUACCGGGACCAGGACCUGGACCGGGUCCAUCUAUAAACUCACCGCGUGGCCCCGAGGAACCGUCGCAUAAGAGAGUAGCCUACGGUCAUCGCAGCGGCGCCAUCAACGGGCAUGCGGUAAACGGAGGAGCGAUGACCAAUGGACGUGGCAAGAGCUAUGAGCCAGCUGCUCAGCCUCCUCCUCAGCUGCCCACCGCAGUUCCAGUUGGAGUUCUAGAGUACAGCGGCAAUGGCGGUGGCAGCCAGCUGAGCCUCAAUCCGCGACCCACCGUCCCGCAGCGACGACGUGCCAUCGAAAAGAAGCUGGGCGAGCACAGCCACAGCCACAGCCACCACUCAUCAUCCCACACAUCGCAUACGGGCGGUCAUCUGCCGGCAGUCAAGUCGCAGGCUCCGCUGCCCUCGCAGGUCAGCCAGCUGGAACCGCCGCCGGACUACUCGCCGCCGCCCAGGAGUCGCAGUCGCUCGUCCUCGCCGCAGGUGGACUACCUGAUGACCAGAGAUGUGCCCGCCAGCACGAUGACCCUCAGCCGGAAGCAGCAGCAGCGCACCCGAUUCGCACCCACAUCCAGCUAUCCGCCGGCAACCGGAGGGGCAGGCAACCUCCGGCCACCGGGCGCCACCUCGGCCUCCACCUCGAACCUGUCGGCCAUGAGCGGAGGUCACGGCGGAGGCAGUACCUCCAAGUCCAGCCGCAUGGGCCAGGCGAUUGGCAAUUCGCUGCGGAAGCUGGUCAGCAAAAUCCGUUCGGCCAGUGCCGAGCGAAAGUUUCGAAUGAAAUCGGCGGCCAGCAAGUCGCGCGAACAGUCGCCCAGUCCGGGACACGAUCCCCGGGGUGGAGGAGGAGGAGGAGUGGGUCCACCGGUGACCACCUACCAGCAGUACAAUGUGAUCGAUGGGCACAUCGGUAGCCACGAUUCCGAGGACUCCAAUAGCGAUAAUCAGCGGCGCAGGGAGAGGGAGCGAGAAAGGGAGCGCGAGCGGGAAAGGGAGCGGGAAAGGGAAAGAGAUCGAGAUCGGGAACGGGAAAGGGAGCCUCCCAAGCAGGAGAACCAAUCGCGUUUGAAUUUCAAGCGCGCCGAGUCCGCGGAUCCCCAGCUGCAGCACCUGGAGCACCAGGCCAUCAGUCCCAGGCAGCGGUACUACCUGGGCGAAGAUCCCUACUCCAGCACGCUCUACGGCAAGGAGAAUCUCUACGAGCGACGGCCACGCCAGCGCAACAUGGAGCGUCCGGACGAGCGAAUGGAGCGCUUGGAGCGAGAGGAUGACUACUACGAGUCGCGGGCUCCGCCGCCGGUGACGGCUGCCCACACGUUGGGUCGCUACCAGAAGCACGGCCAGCGCUUCAGUGGCUCUACGCCCAAUCUGCACCAGCAGCAGCAGGACUACCGCUCGGCCCAGACGCUGCCGCGCAAGUUGCACGAGCAGCGCAGCCAGCAGAGAUUCGGCAACGGGAUGGAGAAGCAGUCGUCUGGUAGGGGCAACUACCUGCCGGUUGCUCCUGGACCGCAGCAGCAAAGGGGGAUGAACCAGAAUCCCAUUCCAAGUCCCAGCAGCAAUCCGAUUCCCGGCCAGAUGCAGCCGCAGGGACCGGCGAAACCGGCCAGGACCUACGCCAAGGUCCUGAAUCGCAGCAAGAGCUUUAAUGUGCACGGGAUGAACGGAAGCAACGACCCCAGUCCCAUCUACAUCGAGAAGCUCACGCGGAACAACUACCAACAGCCACGCCAGCAGCUGCAACAGCAGCAGGAGCCGAACUUUGGCUAUGGUUUGGGCCAGGGACCCAAUGCCAACUACAAGUCCAAUCCGCAUCUCUUCUCCGGCAAGGACAACUCGCUGAAGGGCGGCCUGAAGAGCCCCUCGAUUGUGAAUCUCAUAAGUCGCAGCCAAAAGGAUCUCACGAAGAUCGGGCCGGGCAACGAUGACGACGAGAUCGUCGGCGGCAGCUAUCAGCAGGAGCAGGAUAAGAAGCAGCUGUAUUUGCGUGGCCUGCAUCAACAGGCACCGGAUCUUUACCGCGUGAUACAUGGCGACGAGGAGUACGGUGGCGGUGGCUCCAGGAAGUAUCCGCUGCAGGCCAAGUAUUCGCUGGACUCGCGUUCGCCGCCCUCCGUGGAGCUCAACAAGGAUACCGCGAGCAUUGUGCGGCGCAGCAGCGAGGUGGACCAUCAGCAGCAGCAGCAGCAUCACCACCAGCAGCACCACCACCAUCACAUCCAGCAACAGAAUCUGCGACGUGGCUCGGGAGCCACCAUCAUUGAGCUGCGCACCGCCGCCGGUGGCCAUCGCAAGUAAUUCGCCAUUAUCCUACCAAGACCAUAAGAUCCUACACUCCUAUAUUUUGAAACCAUAGUCGAGCUUUCCUUGUGUCUAGUGUUUAAAUUCCUCAUUUGGAACUUUUUCAAUUUUUAAAAUCAAAAUACAUUAUAAAAUUCACUAAGAACCUAAAAAAUAGCAUUGGGAAAGCUCGACUAUUUAAUUCCCUACCAUAUUCCCUAACUAUUUGCUAACAAAUGCUCGGCCGUGGGCUUUAGUUUCAUUUGACAAGCAGCAAAUAAAAACAAAAAGGCCAAUCAACCAAUUGAUACCAAUUGUUAAAUGGGUAAUGAAAAAGCUAUAAAGUUGAUGGUAAAUCGAUAACGAAAUACAAAAGUAAUGUUAAAAAAAUAUAAAAAUCAAAAGAUAAGAAAAGAAAAUCUAAAAGCAACGUGGAAGCCAUUCCCACUGUCCUGCCACGCCUCUUCCAAUCGUAAUUUGAUAAUACCUACUAUAAUGCCUACAUACGCCUAAUUACAUUGUCUAUUUUAUCAUUUUUGUUUUUUUUUUUACUACUAAUAUUAACGUUUGUUGUAUAGAUACCGUUAAAUCGAUAAACUAACUAAAAUAACUAAUAUUAAUUCGAUAUUAUUGUACAAUUUUGAUUAAUAAACAAAUUGCAAUUAAAAUUAAAAUAAAGUGCCAAAAUAAA